UUUAGUGUGCUGAACUGCAUGAACUAACACCACACCACACCGAUAAUCCACUGAUCAAUCAUGGCUUUGGUGAAACUGUUUGGGUCAAAGAGGAAGCUGGUGCUGACCACUCUUCUCGUCUGUGCUGCAAUCUUCGAGUUAGCUCACUGUCAAAAAGACGCUCAGAGGAAGCCCAAGUUGAGUAAACCCAAACCAGAGAAGUCAACAAACAGAGGGUCCACGUCUGUGACAGCCAAACCCAAGAGCAAAGCGUCACCUGCAGCUCAACAACAGACCGUCCUCACACAGGUUCUAAACAGGAAGUUUAAGAAAGUGGGAGAAACUAUCAGCGUGCCGACAGGAGACACUCUGGAGCUGAGGUGCAGGGGCAAACCUGUGCAGUGGAGUGUCCCCUCAUACCUAGAGGAGGAGGAUGAAGGGAGGCUCAGGACUGUCCAACAUGAGCGAUACGGCGCGCUGACAUUAGUCAACACAACAGGUGCAGACACAGGAGAGUACACCUGUUACCCAAUGUACUGUGAGGACACGGACUGCCGUAAGGUGUACGACAAAGCUAUCACAGUCUUCAUCUUCUUCCCUGACCCACAAGAGCUGUUUGUCCCGUCAUCCGACUAUUACGAAGUGAUUCAACUGAGGAGCAACUGGCCGACAGUCCUCCCCUGCCAGGUGACCACACCUGAGGCCAAAGUAUCUCUGCACCGAGAGUUUCCACCCACAGAGGUGGCGGUGGAUGGGACGGAGAUCUCCUUUAAUGUGAAGAAGGGCUUCACCAUCCAUCGACCUCGGCCUUAUCACGCUGGAUCCUUGUACUGUGUAGCCAGUCUCGGCAACCUGAGGCUGAGCUCCACCAAGUACAUGCUCAUCUAUGUCAACUACCCCAUGGCUCCUCCGGCUCCAGUCAUCCAGGCCUCAGCGAGUUCAAUGGUUGUGGGAGAGAACCUGCGUGUCAGCUGCAGCGUGGUGGGAGAACAGGAUGUAGCGGUCGAGUUCACCUGGGAAUAUCCCGGACAGGAGAUUGGGAGGCCUCCAUACACACAGGAGAGCAUCGGUCCAGUGGCCGGAGGAUCAGCACGACAGCAGUCUCAGUCUGUUCUCCUCGUGGAUGAGGUGAGGGACGUGGACCAGGGAACGUACACCUGCACCGCUCAGAACCUGCAAGGAGUCAAAUCAGUAUCCACCACUGUUAAAGUGCUGCCCAAAGCAAAACCUAAGAAGCCAUGAGAACCACACACACACACACACACACACACAGAAAGAUUAAUAUUAUGCUUUGGCAGUAGUGUUCACUUGACAUUCAUGCCAGUAAAGCUUAAUAAAACAAAAUGGGAGUGAGAGAGUAAGGUGAGGUAACUCUGCAGUAUCGUCCUUCAGGUAUUUUUAUCACCCACUGUCAUCACAACAGGAGACAUAUACAGUAUGUCCCUCAUAAAGUAUGCUGGAACUUGAGCUGAAUGUAUAUGGUACAUUAAAUUUACUGCAUUUCAUUACCAAAUCAUUAUCAAGUGUUACAUAUUGUAUAUAUGCUGCAUGUUAUUUUCUAGUUAUUUGUUAUUGUAUAUUGUUUUACCAAAGACAAAAAUAAACUGAUGAUGACAAUGACCUGAUAUGUCACAGAAUGUGAUCGGCAUGGUAUGUAAUACAUUCCUUAAUAUUUUGUUGUACUGGGUACUAAUCAUGCAAUACUAAUAGUGAAUAAAUGACACGUAAUUGAA